UCGCAUGAGCAGCAGAACUGACUGGCUCUGGGCUCCUCAGGAAAGAGUGUGUCCCUCAGAUCAGGAAGUAGAAAUUCUGUGGUGCGAUCCGCGAGUGUCUGCCAAACUCAUACAAACCAAAGGCAUCAGAGGCGUCCCGCUUUAGUCCGCGGUUUGCAAGACAUCAGCAUGUGACAAAUGAAUGGAUGGAUGUCAUGCAAUCUGUUCCUGAAGGGGCAUUUUAUGUAUCAUCAGUCCAUGAAGACGUCUUGCGAAUGACUCUGCAGCUUUCAGCCUGAAAUAUGUCGUCAUACUGGUACGUCAAAGAGACUGUGGAUCCAGGCGGCAGCAGCAUGGAGGAGCAAGCUGGCGUUCCAGAUAUGGGAGCCAAGCAGUCAGUGGUUGGCAACGUUUCCUUGAGUCAUUCUCCAACUCUGAAGAACAUCCAAGAGGCCUAUACACAAGCCGAGGACCAGAGGGCACGCGAGCUAAUCCGGCUUUCCUGCGAAAAUAUCAGCGUAGGGGGACCAGAUGGGCUGCAGCUGCUGUGUUUGGCUGCUCAGAACGGUGACGUGGAUGGCGUUCGGUUCUUGCUGCAGGAAGCACGAGUUAAGGUUCCACAGGACCCCAGCGAAGAAAACCCUGCCGUCCUUGCAGCACAUCACGGACAUCAUGUGCUGGUCCGAGAGCUGCUGGACUCCAUACCACGACCGUGUGUCCGUAAGGAUCUGCUGAACUGGAUGUUGGCUACGGCAUGUCAGCAGGGUCAUCUGGAGGUGGUGAAGCUGCUGGUUCACACGUACAAUGCUGACGCCGAGGGCUGCGCGGUUCAUUCAGGAGAGUUUGCCAUCAUCACUGGCUUGCCUCUGUACGCCGCCGCGCAGGCAGGAAAUAAGGAGAUUGCGUGUUUUCUGCUGAACAAUGGAGCGGGAUUCUCCUCGUACACACUGAUGGAUCACGCAGACUUCAGCAGACAGCUGCUCAGACAGCGCCACCUGCAGGACAGAGAGGCGCCUGCGGACGGGACACUGCUGGAGGCUUUGCAUGUUGACUGGUCAGGACUGAAGCUGUGCUGGUUGGAUCUGGACUGGUUCAUGGACGUGUCGUCUCGGAUCACGGUUCUGGAUCUGUCUCAUAACUGUCUGAGCUCGCUGCCGUCUGUGGUGCCCUGGGGUCUGAUUCAUCUGCGCUCGCUCAACCUGUGUCACAAUCAGCUGCGAGAGCUGCCCACCCCGAGCUCAUCGCAGGAGAUCAUCUGCAGCCGGUUAUGGCAUGUGGAUGUCUCUGAGAAUGAGCUGGAGUGUCUUCCUCUCGGUCUGCUUCACCUCGGCCAUUUGAAGAGGAUCUCUGCAGCCAGAAACAAACUGAUCAGCCUCUUCAACAUCCCCAGUGGCACGAACUGGAUUGGUCUGCGUAAGCUGCAGGAGCUGGAUGUGUCCGACAACAGCCUGACGGUGCUGCCCUCCUCCGUCCUGCACUGUCUGAAGACCCUCAGCUCUCUGAACAUCAGCAGAAACCAGCUCAGCAGCUUCCCCGAGCCCUGGGCCUGUCCUCUGAAAAUCUGCAAAGCUUCAAACAACCAGAUCGAGCUUCUUCCUGACACCAUCUCCAUCUUCUGGAAGACUCAUCUGAGGGAGGUGGACAUCUCUGAGAACAUCCUGAAGGAGCUGCCCUCGUACAUAUUUGAGCUGGAGGCCAUCGUCUCUCUGAAGUUGUGUGGGAACCAAAUCUCCACGCUGCCCGCUCCAAACAAAUGGAAAUGCUCUUGUCUGCGAACUCUAGACCUGUCCAGAAACCAACUGGGGAAGACGGGAGAGCAGACCAAAACCCGGAAGCUGGCCUUCUUCACUACGUGGCACAGACGGGACCCAGAGCCAGUUUGUCCCAUUCAGUUUCCUGUAAUCUUGCGGGAUUCUCUGGAAGUUCUCUUUCUGAAUGACAACCAGCUGGAGUGUGUGCCGCCGUCAGUGUGUGCCCUCAAGAACCUCUCCGAACUCUAUCUGUCCAAUAAUCCAGGUAUCCAGGAGCUUCCUAUUGAGCUUGGGCAGCUCUCCAACCUCUGGCAGCUGGACAUCGAAGACCUGAACAUCACCAACAUUCCCGCAGACGUCAGGAAAGAUGGUCCGGCUGCGGUUCUGGCCUAUCUGCGAGCAGAGCUGCGCGGAGCAGAGCCCUGCAGACUGCUGAAGCUGAUGGUGGUGGGUCCUCCACGGCAGGGGAAGAGCGCUCUGCUGGAGGGGCUGCAGACGGGCAAACCCUCAUCCUUCAUCAGCUCCGACCGCAGCGUCCAAACGUCCAGCUGGGAUCUGGAGCGACCCGGAGGAGUGCUGAAGCCUGCUCUUGAUUCAGUGUCCUUUAACGUAUGGGACAUUGGCGGCCCGGCCAGUAUGUCGACGGUGAACCAGUGUUUCUUCACAGAUAAGGCUCUGUAUAUGGUCAUCUGGAAUCUGGCUUUGGGAGAGGAAGCAGUGGCCAACCUGCAGUCCUGGCUGCUCAACAUCGAGGCCCGUGCUCCUAACUCUGCUGUCAUCGUCAUCGGGACACAUCUGGACCUCAUAGACACUAAGUUUCGCAUGGAGCGUGUUGCCACACUGAGGGCCUACAUCCUGGCACUUUGCAGAACGCCCUCGGGCGCACGGGCCAGCGGAUACCCCGACAUCACCUGGAAACACCUACAUGAGGUGUCGUGUAAGACGCUGGAAGGCAUGGACGGACUCAAGAGGCUGUUGUUUCAGGUCACUUGCUCCAUGAAGGACGCCAGCAGCCCUGCAAGCUGUCGCAAACUAGUGGGAAGACUGAUCCCCAAAAGUUACCUGACCCUUCAGGAGGCCAUAAAAGCAGAACGUGUGAGGAGAGAUGAAGCCGAUGAGGUUCAGUACCUGACGGACUCAGAACUGGAGCAGAUCAUCGAGCAGAGUCCCGCCAGCGAUAUCAAAGAUUAUGAGGAUCUGCAGACAGCGAUCAGUUUCCUCAUCGAGACCGGCACUAUUCUGCAUUUCUCAGACACCAGUCAUGGCUUGUGUAAGCUCUACUUCCUGGACGCCGUGUGGUUGUCCGAGUGUUUGGAGCGGAUCAUCAACCUGAGGGGUUCGCGCUCGGUCGCUCGUAACGGGGUCAUCAAGGCCGAGGACCUGCGCAUGCUGCUGGUGGGCACCGGCUUCACCCAGCAAACAGAAGAACAGUACUUCCAGUUCCUGGCCAAGUUCGAGAUCGCUCUGCCAGUCGCAAGCAGCAGUUAUCUGUUGCCCCACCUUUUGCCCCCCAAACCUGCUCUGGACAUCCACGGCUUUCGGCACCAGAGCAACAACGCCAUCCAGCGGCAUUUCAAGAUGAGCUUUGUUCCUGCGGGAUUCUGGGAGCGUUUUAUAGCCAGGAUGCUAAUCAGUUUGAACCAGAUGGACGUGCAGGCAUUUGAGACCAAAAAGCCCAUGAAGAACCAGAGGAGCCGCAGUACGGUGAUCUACAGCUUUGCGGGGAACCAGCAGCGCAAUCGCUGCAGCACUUUCCGCGUCCGGCGCAGUCAGACCAUCUACUGGAAAGAAGGGCUGCUGGUCACCUUUGACGGCGGAUACCUGAGCAUCGAGUCGUCCGACCUGAACUGGAAAAAGAAGAAAAGCGGGGGCAUCAAGAUUAUCUGCCAGUCAGAGACGAGGGAUUUCUCAGCAAUGGCUUUCAUCACGGAUCACAUUAACGCUCUCAUAGAGCAGUGGUUUCCUGCGCUGACGGGCAGUGAGAGCGACGGCUCUCGUCUCAUUGAGCAGUAUGCGCCUUGUCCGUACUGCAGCUCUGGACCCCGGCUGUCUGACCCACUGCCUCUGUCCAACUCCAGCCACAGCACCGUCCACUACUUCAACAUGGAGGACUGUGUGCUGGCAGCUGUGGACAAGGAGCACAUCAGCUGCCCCAACCACCCCAAACAGCCCGUCCCGCUACAGGAGCUGGUGCCCGAGCUCUUCAUGACUGACUUCCCUUCACGUUUGUUCCUGUUGAAGAGUGACCUGCAGUGGAGUGAAGAUGCAGCAGAUAUCCUGGGACAGGGUGGCAGCGGCACCAUCAUCUACAGAGCCAAAUACAGAAGCCAUCCGGUGGCCAUUAAACGCUUCCACUUCAAGAAAUGCAAACAGCAGUCACUCAACAGCAGCACAGACACCAUGAUGAAGCACCUGCAGUCGAUGGACGCGGCCCGCAGCUUCUCAGAGUUUCGUCAGGAGGCCAGCAUGCUCCAUUCCCUGCAGCACCCGUGUAUCGUGGCUCUGGUGGGCAUCAGCAUCCACCCGCUCUGCUUCGCCCUGCAGCUGGCACCGCUGGGCAGCCUCAACACCAUCCUCGAGGAGCGAGCCAAAGGCUCUCUGUUUGUUCCGCUGGGUCACAUGCUCACCUUCAAAGUGGCCUAUCAGAUCGUGACAGGCCUGGCGUAUCUGCACAAGAAGAACAUCAUCUUCUGUGACCUCAAGUCCGACAACAUCCUGGUGUGGUCUCUGGAGCUGAAGGAGUCCGUCAACGUCAAGCUGUCCGACUACGGCAUCUCGCGCCAGUCCUUCCACGAGGGAGCGCUGGGGGUCGAGGGCACCCCCGGGUACCAGGCUCCCGAGAUCCGGCCCGGCAUCGUCUAUGAUGAGAAGGUGGACAUGUUCUCUUACGGCAUGGUCCUGUAUGAGCUGCUGUCCGGCCGUAGACCGUGCAUGGGUCAGCACCAGCUGCAGAUCGCUAAGAAGCUGUCCAAGGGGCUCAGACCGGCGCUGGGCAGCCCAGAGGAAGUGCAGUUUCACUGUCUGCAGGCGCUGAUGCAGGAGUGCUGGGACACCAAACCUGAGAAGCGUCCCCUGGCCGCUCCGCUCAUGAGACGGAUGCAGGAUCCCAGCUUUGCUUGUCUCAAGUACCUGCUCCCCUGCCAGGAACACAGCCAGCUCUUCUUGUCCCCGCUGCAGGGACACAACGCUGUCUUCUGGGAUGGAGACAAAGACGACAGGAAUUACACAGUGGUAAACUUGGCCAAGGGGCAGGUUGAGGUGAAGCGGAUGUUGUGUCCAGGAACACGUCUGAGCUGUCAAAUGAAGAUGGAAAACAGUUUGUGGACGGCCACUGAGGAACAGGAAGUCUUUAUCUACAGCCUGAAAGAGAUGUGUCCCUUGAGUCACCCGCAGAAAGUGCUCUCCUGUCCGGCUGUGGUAACCUGUCUCUUUUUACUGCCCGCCAGGAAAGAGUCUCGUCCACAGGUGUUUGCUGGCAUGUCUGAUGGUCUCAUGGUGGUUUACUCUCUGGUGGACGACAUGCCCGUGGAGGGUGAGACUUACAUCUGCUCGCACACCAUCAACAAGCAUCUGCUGAACAUGGAGGACUCGGACCCUCGGCAGCGACCAUAUGCUGUGCGCAACAUCGUGCCGGUGUGCACCGGGUCAGAAGUGUGGUACACCAACGGCCCCGGCGUGCUGGUCAUCGACAGCCUGACGCUCCAGCCCAUCCGCCGCCUCGAGCCGUAUCUGCCACCGUCCUGCCUGGUGUCCAUGGUCUCGUCUGCCAGCUGCUGGAGCGACGAGGCCGUCUGGUGUCUGGACGAUCACACCAACACGCUCCUCAUGUAUCACGCCGCCAGCUACCAGAUCUGUGCUACGUACAACUGCAGCGACGCCAACCCACUGCGGGAUGUGUUCCCCGUGCAUAGGCCGGCUGGGGUCAUGACCCCUAUGACCCCUGAUCCUGACAUGGAUGAAGAGUCUCUUCCAGCCGCCCUGGAGCCGCUGAAGGUAACGGUCACACACCGUGAGGACGCGGGAACGCAGAUACUGUGCCAGCAGGACUCUCUGGAUUACUGCUCCAUGACGUCCUCCGGCUUCAGCUCGGAGCAGCUGGAUCAGAUUGGCCAAUUCCCUCACGUUGAGCGCUCCAGCUCGGGAGCCCUCAGUUCUCUGACCAGCUCCAGCAGCAUGCUUUUAUCCACGGACUUCGAGGAGGCAGACAGACUUUCACCGGAAGCAUUUGCAUCCAGGAGCGCAACAGAUCCAGAACUAGCAUCUCAAAGCCACACACCAGAGCAACUAAAGGCUUUGAACAUCAUUCCUGUCAACAGCACCAUCUGGGUGCCCAGGCGUGGAGGAGACAUCAUGGUGAUCGAGGUGCAGGAGCAGGCGGGUGCGCUCAGGGGUCGUGUGAUCGCCGUGCUGACGCCUCCUGGAGUGUCCGAGUACGGGACUCUGAUGGAGGCGGCGCUCGUCGCAAAGGACACCCUUGUGUGCGGCUUCCAUAAAGAAAACAUGGCCUGGUGCCUGGCUGUCUGGAGGAGCUGGGGAGGCCGUGAGCUCGAGCUCUUCUACCAGGGCUACGAGGAGCUCGGCCGCUUGGAGAGCAGUCUGAGGAAAAGGAGGUAGCUGUGUAAACGCCACACACUUGUGUGUGUGUGUGUGAGAGAGAGACCGAGAACACAGAUACAGGUGUUAAGUGUGGUUACGGGACCAACUGGAGGGAAUACAUACAAACACACACACAUACUGUAUAUGGACUUGAGGAAAUCCAAUCCUGCAGGACUUGGCCACAUACACAUUUCAUAUAUAUAAAGUAUCUGCUGUAGUUCUUUUCUGCUGUAGUGAUGGAAUCUGAUGCAGGCUGGUUUGAUCUGGUUGUGUAGUUUCUGUUGUAAAUAAUAUGAGCGUUUCAUCUAUAUAGAAUUAAUGUUAUUUAUUAUAGACUGUUUAAAUCUCAUGCUGCAUGUGUAAAAAGUUGUUACUGAACUGUAAAUAUGCUGAACAGAAAAUUAUAAAUAAAUUGACUGCAUUUUUUAU